AUGUCGACUUCUCAGCCAAAAAUCGCCGUUGUUGGAGGUGGCCCUGCUGGAUUGACAAUUGGUCUUCUGCUCCACAAGCGAGGUAUCCCGUGCACAAUAUUUGAGCUCCGCCAGAAACCUACCGACGAAGAGAUAGCCAAGCCUUCCGGGGUGCUCGAUCUGCAUGAAGAAUCCGGUCUAGCUGCUGUCCGUGAGUGUGGGUUAUACGAGCAGUUUCUCAACUUUACUGGUGAAUGCUCCGAGGCAAACAAGGUUUCGGACAAGGAGGGCAACAUCCUGUACGAGGACAAAGGGGAGAUGAGCCAUCGCCCAGAGAUCUCCCGCCACAACCUCACAAAUCUCCUGGCGUCGCAUUUGCCGGCUGAUUCGAUUCAAUGGGGCCACAAGCUCCUCUCAGCUUCUCCACAAAGCGAAACUAGGCAGACCGUGCUCGACUUCGGUACCAACGGCAAGCAUGCUUUCCACCUGGUUAUUGGUGCAGAUGGUGCCUGGUCUCAAGUUCGCAGAAUGUUGACAGAUGUGAAGCCACAAUACGCGAACACACAGAGCUUGGGUGUGACAAUCCGGCAUAUCACAUCUAAGUACGCACACUUGGCAGAGUUCGUCGGUGAUGGCAGCUUCACCGCGCUUGGUAAUCGACAUGGCGUCAUGUCUCAACGCGGAUCGCAAGACUCGGCUCGCAUCUAUGUCUUCCUCACACAUGAAGACGAGCAAUUUCAUAUCUCAUCAGGAAUGGCGGACCAACCGGCUACAUUUGCCAAGGACCGACUCUUGAAGGACGACGCACUGCUUGGCCAAUGGGGACCAAUCCUCAAGGAGCUGGUGACUGUCGCAUGCGACGAGGAGGCUGCGGACAAUCCAGGUACCCCGGUUGAGAUUCGGCCGCUCUAUAUGCUCCCCCUUGGGACUUCAUGGGAGCACAAUCCCAGCGUGACGGUCAUUGGUGAUGCAGCGCAUUUGAUGUGUCCGUGGGCUGGCGAGGGAGUCAAUGUGGCCAUGUGGGACUCGUUGUUGCUCUCUCAUGCAAUUAUUAAAGCUUAUGAGGUUUCCGGGCGAGAUGGCAGCUCGUUUCAAAAGGCGCUCUCUCCAGCGAUGAAGGAUUUCGAGGUGGAGAUGGUGGCUCGCGCAACGAGGUUCUCAGAAGAAGCCGUCCAGAACGGGAAGAUGCUAUUUGGGGAGGAUGCUGCGAAGGCUUUCGCAGAUUUCUUUCUCAGCAUGCAGCAAUAUAUUGAGAAUACACAGCGAUAA